AUGACGUCACUAAAAACACAGAUCGUUCAAUCCAAGGGAAUCUAUCAUGGCCUGCCAGUAUUUUCGCCUGAUAUUAAAGGCCUGACGGCUGUUGUGACAGGCGCCAGCGGUAUCUCUGGGACAUACAUGCUGAAAGUUCUUGCCGAAAAUCCUCAACGAUGGACUAAGGUCUACGCACUCUCCCGCAAACCGCCUGGCGGCGCCUGGCCAGCACAUUUUCAGCAUAUACCAGUAGACUUUCUCGGUGGCUCAGACAUAAUUGCAAAAGUACUGAAAGAGCAUCAAGUGAAACCGGAUGUCGUAUUCUUCUAUGCCUAUAUCCAGCCCUCGCCGCAGGAGGGUGGCACUAUUUGGAGCAAUGUGAAUGAUCUGGUCACUAUCAAUAAGGCUCUGCUCAAUAAUUUCCUUGAUGCACUUUCUUCAGCUGACGCGGUUCCUUCCCGAAUUCUUCUACAAUUGGGGGCAAAAUAUUAUGGCGUCCACCUCGGACCUACAGCGGUUCCCCAAGAGGAAGACGACCCGCGCGUCACUCUAGAGCCGAACUUCUACUAUCAUCAGGAGGACGCGCUGAUGCAGUUUGCUAGAGACCACGAUAUCGGCUGGAACACGACCCGACCGGCUUCCAUUCCAGGAGCUGUCACAGACGCUGCAAUGAACUUGUGCUUACCCCUGGCUAUUUACGCUACGGUGAAAAAGCAUCUGGGACAGCCAAUUGAGUACCCUAGCGACAUCGUGGCCUGGGAGAUGACAGAGCAAUUGUCAAGCGCUCAGAUGAACUCAUAUCUGGCCGAGUGGGCUGUACUCACUCCAGAAGCCAGGAACCAAAGUUUCAACUCAUCGGACGGUAGCGCUUUUUCCUGGGGUAAAUUCUGGCCGAAGUUUGCUCAUUGGUUCAAUUUGGACUAUCGCCGCCCAGAGACGCAGCCGUCUGUGCAAUACAGAGAAGUCAAAACGCCUUACGACCCGCCUCCUCGUGGUUUUGGGCCACCAGCUGUUCUCCGUACAAGAUUCACCCUGGCAGAAUGGGCUAAAAGACCGGAGGUCCAGAAAGCUUGGAGUGAAAUUGCCGAGAAGUACAACUUAAGGAACAACGAGCUGGGUGACACCGAUCGGAUAUUCGGGUUUACUGAUAACUCUCUUAUGUGGUCCUAUCCUUCAAACUUCAGUUCCUCCAAAUUAAGGAAAUAUGGGUUCCACGGGUACGUUGACACCACUGAGUCCAUACACGAGGUUUUCAAAGAAUUUGUCGAACUUAGAAUGAUACCUCCUUUCUGA